GAAACGCAUCAGAAUAACAGUUACACAAACACUAUGAGUCUCAGCAAGCUCAGCCUCCCGAAUUACAUCAACAUCAGUUGAAGCGGUGCUGCCGCAUAUGUGGGAACUUUACACAGAAGUCUAAGGGGAGAAGGAGCUGUUCCUAUGAAUGUAGAGGAAAAGAAACACUGCAUACAGAGUUAACAUCAGAGAAGACAAGAAGGGUGUACAUCCAGAGUACAUUUGUAACACGUGCCAUACAAAAAUGAGGCAGUACAGUGAAAAUCCACACGUUCAGCGUUCACUCUCUGUCUUUCAGUGGACUCCACACACUGAGCCAGACUGUUCAAUGUGUAGUCACUUUAGUGGCUUUGAGUCCAGAGGACGUCUUCCUAAAGCAACUAAGAAAAGGGGGAGACCAAGGAAAGGGACAUUGGCUCAACAGCUCCAUGAGACUGGACAUCGAAGUUGGGGAGACUGCAUGCCACUCUCCCCAUCCAGAUUUUUACCACCAGCUCAGAACAUAGCACUCACUGAUCUCCUGUGCAAAAAGUGCAUGUGUGUCGCAGACAGGCCUGUCACAACUCCCUGUGACAGGUUGUUUUGUUACACCUGCAUCAUGAACUCAGAGGACGGCACCUACGCCUGUUGUGAAGAACAACAUGACACAGGCCCAAAAUCAGCUUCAUCGUUGGUCACACAAAUUAUUGCAGUCUUCAUUUACUUGAAGAUCAUGUUGUCAAGUUUUGGCAGUUGUGGCGGGUAGGUUUCGGCAUGUUAGGGGAACAAGGUGCCGAAAGCACCACACGGUAUACAACCAGCUCAACCGGGUGUAUGCCAACAUCCACAGUGGUGAAGACAGACUACGCCAAGUAACCAUUGAACACCAUCGUAAAUCCUGUCCCCUGUUGCAA